CCUCCUCCAUCUACAGGAUGAUCCUCCUGGUGGUGCUGUUGUCUCAACAUCUACGAUCUUGUUCCAUUCCUAUUUGGAGGUGGAGGAGAUCCAAAGGGUUUGACGUUUGGACUCAGUUCCCCGUCUUCACCAUAUUUUCGCUGCUGCUGCCUAUCACGUGUCUCUGGGCCGUGUGCGGGAACUUGCCGAGAGGAGCCGCCAUGAACCCGUAUCCCGACGGGAGCGCGGAGGGAAUUCUCGGCACCAACAGCACGGAUCUGGUGCCCUGGUUCAGAGUCCCGCUGCCAGGUGUGUGGGGGGCGCCGGCCUUCAAUGCUCGCUCGGUCUACGCGGGCGUGGCCAUGGCGCUGGGCGCCAGCAUCAGCUCCCUCGGCUGCUACGUGAUGUGCGCCAAGGUGACCGGCUCGCCGCACCCGCCCCGCCACUCCUGCAACCGGGGCAUCUGCGCCGAAGGGGCCGGGAGCUGCAUCGCUGCCCUGCUCGGCACCAUCUCCGCAACGUCUUCCAGCAUUCCCAACAUCGGAGCGCUGGCCCUCACCCAGGUGCAGUGCCGGCUUCCGGUACAGAUGGCGGGCGCGCUGUGCGUUCUGGUCGGGAUGUCGGCAAAGCUGACCUACUUCCUCACCACCAUUCCCAUGGCGAUACACGGUGGGGUCCUCGGUGUAACGUAUACCAUGGCGGUGUCUGUGGGGGUCUCCUAUUUCCAGUACACCAAUAUCGAUUCUGGCCGCAACAUCUUCAUCAUCGGGUUCACCAUGUUCAUGGCACUUCUCACCCCUCGAUGGUUCAGCCACAACCCUGAGUUCAUUGCAACAGGUAUUACUAGUCUGAACCUCUUCCUCUUGGCCCUGCUGAAGACUCCGGUCAUUCAAGGAGGGAUCCUGGCCUUUCUCUUGGAUAACACGGUCUCAGGGACGUCCGAGGAGCGUGGUUUGGUGCCCGAUUUUCCUGGGUUCCACGUGAGGAAGGAUGGCCGGAGCGGUUGUCACACGCAGGGACUGACCGACAUCUACCGGCUUCCCUCUGGAGUACACCGGUGGUCGGUGCGCCUGUGCCCCGGGUUCUAUCCGUUCAGCAAUCUCCGCCCGGCCUCGGAACCCACCCAGGAACCCGCAGGGGUCGAGGAGAUCCGAGACUUGCUCCCACCGCCCGUUCCCCAGGACACUCAAGGGGAAGGAAGCGCUCCCAGCUCCUCCAAGGAUGCCCAAGAUAUCCUGGGGAUUCCUGUUUGACACUGCCCAGGCUAAAUGUUUAAGAAGGAACUGCAGAUGCUGGAAAAACCGAAGGCAGACAAAAACGCUGGAGAAACUCAGCGGGCGAGGCAGCAUCUAUGGAGCGAAGGAAAUUGGUGACAUAGAGACAUAGGAAAUAGGUGCAGGAGGAGGCCAUUCAGCCCUUCAAUCCAGCACCACCAUUCAUUGUGAUCGUGGCUGAUCGUCCCCAAUCAAUAACCCGUGCCUGCCUUCUCCCCAUAUCCCUUGGCUCCACUAGCCCUUAGAGCUCUAUCUAACUCUCUCUUAAGGAUCAUGAUCAGCCAUGAUCAUAUUGAAUGGCGGUGCAGGCUCGAAGGGCCGAAUGGCCUACUCCUGCACCUAAUUUCUAUGUUUCUAUGUUAAAUCCAUCCAGUGAUUUGGCCUCCACUGCCCUCUGUGGCAGGGAAGUCCAUAUAUUCA